UUGAAAUUUGAUUUGCAGGAAGCAACUAUUAUUUUCAUCAACAACUACGCGUUCGAACCGAGUUUGGAUUUGCAUAUCAAGAAUAUGCUAGCAGACUGCCAUGUAGGCACGCGUAUUAUUUCAACAAAAGCCUAUGCUACUGGCACUAAGCGAGUUAAUAUGCGAAACCUAGGAGAUGUUGAAUCAAUAAUGGAGGUCACGCAACUCAAGACUGUCAAGCAGCCCACUUCAUGGACUCCAAAUAAUGUCCCAUAUUACCUUCAUACAGUCACGCACAACAAGAACUCUCACUAUUUGGAACAUUGA